AGAUGACCAACGUGAUUGGCUGAAGUGUCGGAAGAUGUAAUAGCGUGCCAUCGUUCCAUCGCUCUUCAGGGAGCCGCACAGGGAGUUGUCAGUGUGUCAACCGGCUCUCUGCGCCUGUCACCGGGAGGCUCACUCUCAGCCAUCGUCUUUAGCUCUGUUGCACCAUGCUGACCCACCUCUUCCGUAUGCACGGCCUCCUGGUGGCCUCCCACCCCUGGGAGGUGAUCGUUGGCACAGUCACCCUCACCAUCUGUAUGAUGUCCAUGAACAUGUUCACUGGAAAUGACCAGAUCUGUGGCUGGAAUUUUGACUGCCCCAAAACAGAAGAGCAAAUUCUGAGCAGCGACAUCAUCAUCCUGACCAUCACACGUUGCAUUGCCAUCGUCUAUAUCUACUUCCAGUUCCAGAACUUGAGACAACUAGGUUCCAAAUAUAUUUUAGGCAUUGCUGGUCUUUUUACCAUAUUCUCUAGCUUUGUAUUCAGCACGGUGGUCAUUCACUUUCUUGAUAAAGAGCUCACAGGACUAAAUGAGGCGUUGCCCUUCUUCCUGCUUCUCAUCGACCUCUCCAAAGCAUGCGCUCUUGCCAAGUUUGCCCUGAGCUCCAGUUCUCAGGAUGAAGUGAGGGACAACAUUGCUCGUGGUAUGGCAGUACUGGGACCUACCUUCACUCUGGAUGCCCUGGUGGAGUGCUUAGUGAUUGGCGUGGGAACCAUGUCAGGUGUGCGGCAGUUGGAAAUCAUGUGCUGCUUUGGCUGCAUGUCCGUCUUGGCCAACUACUUUGUGUUCAUGACUUUCUUCCCUGCGUGUGUCUCACUGGUGCUGGAGUUGUCCCGUGAGAGUCAGGAGGGCCAUCCUAUUUGGCAGCUGAGCCACUUCUCCAGAGUGAUGGAAGAAGAGGAGGACAACAAACCCAACCCUGUAUCCCAGAGAGUCAAAAUGAUCAUGUCUCUGGGCCUGGUUAUGGUUCACGCCCACAGCCGCUGGAUCGCUGAGCCCUUGUCCAUCAACACCACAGUGGGCAUGCCACAGGUCGGCAUGGAACUGGACCACCUCUCGCCCAGGAGGAUUGAGCCAGAGAAACCACUUUGGCAUUUCUACCUCACCAGGAUGAUAACCAUGGACAUAGAGCAGGUGAUCUGUCUAGCCUUGGCUCUGCUGCUGGCCAUCAAGUACAUCUUCUUUGAGCAGGUUGAGAUGGAGUCUACGCUGUCACUGAAGAACCCCAUCACUAUGUCUGCUCCUGCCCUGACCCCACGGCGGCCCAUUGACACCUGCUGCAGGAAAGAGCCGUCUCCUCCCCGGCCCCUGGCCCCUGCCCAGAGUGAGCCUGCCCCAGUGCCCUCCAGCAAGGCAGAGAAAGAUGAGGUUAUCCGGCCCCUGUCCACCCCGGCCACAGAUCCCCAGCCAAAGAGCUUCUUUGUUGUGGGGGAGGAAGAAGAAGAGCUCAAGCCCAAAACCGAUCAGCCGAUUCUCCCCCCAAAGCCCAGAGACUUGGACGAAUGUGUGGCCAUCCUCAACAACCCUGAGCUGGGGCCUCGUUUUCUGAGUGAUGCUGAGGUGAUGCUGUUGGUCAACUCAAAACACAUCCCUGCAUACAAACUGGAGGCCAUGAUGGAGAGACCAGAGAGAGGAGUGGCCAUACGAAGACAGAUGAUAUCUGCAAAGCUUCCCUCUCCUUCUGCACUCUCCUCCCUGCCAUACACCGACUAUGACUACUCCAAGGUUAUGGGCGCCUGCUGUGAGAAUGUGAUUGGCUACAUGCCCGUUCCCGUGGGUGUGGCUGGACCACUGCACCUAGAUGGGAAGCAGUUCCAGGUUCCCCUGGCAACCACAGAGGGCUGUUUGGUUGCCAGUACCAACCGCGGUUGUCGAGCAAUUGCUAUGGGAGGUGGAGCCAGAAGUCGUAUCCUGGCGGACAGCAUGACUCGAGGACCCGUGGUCAGGCUGCCCUCUGCCUGCCAGGCUGCUGAGGUCAAGGCCUGGCUGGAGAGCGCAGACGGUUUCCAGCUCAUCAAAGAUGCCUUUGACAACACCAGCAGGUUUGCUCGGCUCCAGAAGCUGCUGGUUGGUCUGGCUGGGAGAAAUCUCUACAUCCGCUUCCAUUCCAAGACCGGUGAUGCCAUGGGAAUGAAUAUGAUCUCUAAGGGUACAGAGCAGGCUCUGUGCAGACUGCGGCAGCACUUCCCGGAGCUGCAGGUGGUGGCUGUCAGUGGGAACUACUGCACCGAUAAGAAACCAGCAGCCAUCAACUGGAUCGAAGGCAGGGGCAAGUCUGCUGUCUGUGAGGCCACCAUCCCUGCUAAAGUAGUCAGAGAGGUUUUGAAAACAACAACAGAAGCUCUGGUGGAGGUGAACAUCAGUAAGAACCUGGUGGGCUCAGCCAUGGCGGGCAGCAUUGGAGGAUAUAACGCACACGCAGCCAACCUGGUGGCUGCCAUCUACAUAGCCUGCGGACAGGAUCCAGCACAGUCAGUGGGCAGCAGUAACUGCAUCACCCUGAUGGAGGCAUCAGGACCAACAGGGGAGGACCUCUACAUCAGCUGCACCAUGCCUUCUAUAGAGUUAGGCACUGUAGGAGGGGGCACCAACCUGCCCCCUCAGCAAGCCUGCCUCCAGAUGCUGGGUGUACAGGGAGCCUGUCAGGACUGUCCAGGGGAGAACGCCCGCCAGCUGGCCAGGGUUGUGUGUGCCACCGUGUUGGCUGGAGAGCUCUCACUGAUGGCUGCUCUGGCUGCAGGCCACCUGGUCAAGAGUCACAUGACACACAACAGAUCCAAGGUGAACCUACAGGAGACUCCAGGAACAUGUACCAAGAAGGCCUCCUGAGAGCCUGAGAGCUGUGUGGCCUCCCUCAGUGAGCCCGAGUCACUGGGUGGAGCAUAACCCAGGGAAAGAAGGACAGUUUGAAAGGGACUAAUCAUUUGUUCAGUGAAAACAGACCUCAGAAGUCUUCCAAGUGCUUUCACAGAGUGUCUUUUCACCAAUCUCUAUGCUGGCUAUGAAAAGGAUCCAAACAAGUGAACCAGACUAUUCAGUGGGAAUAUAUUCAUUUUCUGUAUGUUUGUAUCUUGUGGAGGUGGCUAGGAGUGGUGAAACACUUCUUGCUUUUUCCACAUUCAAGACUGGGUUCAAAUGAAACAUGUCUGCUGUCCUGUUGCCAAAUGGAGCAUUGUGAACACAGAAACAAUGGUACCUACAAGGUGAAUGUUCUUGGCUCUGCAUGGGAAUCUGCAUCAUAUGAUUUCUUCAUCAGGGUGGUUUGUAAAAGCUAAGAUCAAGACCACAUAGUGUUACAGUUGUAAACUGGCUUUAGGAAUGAAUGAAUAAAUAUAUAAAAGAAUCAUUAUCUGGAUCCAAGAGGCACUUUAGAACUAAGACUUCAAAUCUCUCAAGAGAAAUUCCAGUAUUUUUAAACCUGGGCCCAGUAUUGGCACAUUAAUUUGGUUUAUAACUGAUUCAUACUUUCUAAAAGGUUUGGCAUUGGUCUAGUAGACCUCAGAUGACUUUUUUGCCACACAAACCCUGCCAUUCUUACUAUGAGUAUCUGAGAACAUUGCAGAAAGAUUCCCACCAGAGACGGUAGGGAAUCCUUUCUGUUUGAGAGGUCGGACAAUCAGGAUAACAAUCUCAGCCCCUAAGUGACAACAAAAACACUUUUUUUGUGGGUGUAACAGGAUUAUGUUCCAGCCAUCACAGCAAGCUAAGACGAGCUACUGGACCAGUUUUAAAACUUGCAUGAAUCACUUACACACCUCAAUAUGUAAAUAUAGAGCCCAGGAUUAAAAAUAGGAGAACUCCCCUUUAAAGGCUGAGUUGAUCUCCUGUAUGUAUAAAACAGGUGAGGACAAAAUGAUUGUGUCCCUCAGAAAAAGGAAAGGAUGAUCAAAAAAAGGCUUCAAGUGCCUGUACUGCUAAUGUGACCAUGCAACAAAUCAUUCACAUUGAAAAUACUGUAUAAUUGAUGUAAAGAAAGAAAACUAAAGGCUCAGCUGACUGCACUGCGUGUCCAAUACCAAAAAGAAAUUACUUUAAAGAACAGUGUGUUUCAGUGCCCAUUCACUACAGAUACAAACUUGCAGAGACUUGAAGUGUCAGGUACUGUAAUCCAUCACAUUAUAAAUGCUUUUAAACAAAAGUUCUGUUGUCAGUGUGUGAUGAUGCAGUGACAGAAAUCUCAUUAGUAUACAACGCUGAUGUAAUGUGAUGUACUACAGGUGGGAUGGGAUUCAAAUGAAUUCAGUCAUAGUGAGUCUUCCUGAUCUGGAUGACAAAUAUUUUGAAUAUAUUUUGUAAUAAAUACAAAAGAACUUAACAAUGA